AUGAAGGAUAUUGUUGUUCUUUGCGGGACAUCUAUUGAAGGUCUCACACGGUCUAUAUGUCGAAACUUGACCCUUGAGCAAGGGCAGGUUGAACUGCGCAAAUUUUCCAAUGGUGAAACAUCUAUCGAAAUCAAGGGCUCUGUGCGUGAAAAGGAUGUGUUCAUUGUACAAAGUGGCUCAGGCAACGUAAAUGACAAUUUCAUGGAACUCCUCAUCUUAAUCUCCGCAUGCAAAACUGCCAGUGCCAAAAGAGUCACUGUCGUUUUACCUUUCUUCCCAUACUCAAGACAACCGGAAAACCCAAAAGUCGCUAUGGAUGGCCAGAGCAAGAACGCAAACAAUAACGUCUUUUCUCAUUUCCUAUCGAAACCGAAAGAGAUUGUAACUAACGCCUCUGCUAUCAACUUGUUGGGUGCAGUUGACGAGAAUGGUAGAGGCAGUAGUGGAUACAAGCAAUGGGUCAGUCCUAGCGGAACGCUUGUGGCUAGCUUAUUGACUACUGCUGGCGCGGAUAGAUGCAUAACAAUGGAUUUACAUGAUCCUCAGUUCCAAGGAUUCUUUGAUAUCCAGGUGGAUAACUUGUAUCUGAGGCCGUUGUUCAAAAGAUACAUCAUGGACUAUGUUCCAAAUUAUAGAGACUGUGUUAUUGUGUCCCCAGACAGCGGUGGAGCCAAAAGAGCCACUGCUAUCGCUGAUGCUAUUGGCUGCUCAUUUGCGUUGAUCCACAAGGAGCGUAAAAUUAAGGUUACCCAGGAAACUGUCGGAUCACCACUUCUUUCAGCGUCCGUCUCCAUGGCCAGCACGAACUCUACUACACAAAUGACCAAUCCAUCGAUGCUUGUUGGUGACGUCAAGGGUCGCGUAUGUGUAUUGAUUGAUGAUCUUGCAGACACUUGUACCACGAUAACGAGGGCAGCCAAGCUUUUGAAAGACACCGGCGCUUCGUUUGUUUACUGUUUGGUUACACAUGGUGUUUUCAGCGGGGACGCAAUUGAGAAGGUUCUCGUUUCGGAUAUCGACAAGCUCGUCACCACCAACAGUAUCCCACAAGCUGACAAUGUUGCCUUUUUGGGUGAGAAGAGAUUUGAGGUGUUGGAUGUGUCGCGGAUUUUUGCUGAGGCCAUCAGAAGAAUCCACAACGGUGAGUCUGUUUCCAUGCUCUUCGACCAAGGAUGGUAG